UGUCAUUUGCGGCCGUGGUGGUCUAACCUCGAUUCGUAAUGUAAACAAAGUAGAUACUAGACAUGAGAUUAUCACAACUUUUCAGGAUCAUUAACAAAAAAUACAUUGUUCGACACUUUUCUUUAUGGAAUAACAUGCCUAGUUCAAAUUGUUCUUACUUGAAGAAUUUUGCAAACAUUGACCAUUUAACUGGAUAUAAAAUCAUUAAAAAAUUACAUAUAGAAGCUGAUGAUGAUGCUGAAAUUUCUGAAAUGCUGGUUGAUACGGAUCAUACUGAUGUUGAACUGGUGAAAGAUGCUCUGUUCAAGCAUUCAAAAGACGAUGUAAUCCAAAAGUUGAAUAAUUGUGCCUCAAUAGAAGAAGCUCUAACAGUUUUUCACAUGCAGACUGUUCCUUAUAGUAUAGAGCAUAUAGCGCAAACCAUUUUAGUUCUAGUGGAUAUACAAACUAUGUUUUUCCACUAUAGUAGACCUAGUCAACAAGCUCGAGACAAAUUUAUCAAUGAUCUGUUAGCCAAUAAGGAGUUUACAGUGUUUUUAAAACAUGUUGAAGACAAUGUACACACUUUUCCUACCAACAUAUUGAGUUAUGUUUUAUAUUACUUGAAUAAGCUAGGUUUGAAGACAGAUAGUUCCUUAAUACAAUCACUAGCUGUAGAAUUACGUGACCAUUUGAAAUUGAAACUUGAUGUCAGUCACUGUGCAAAGUUAUUCAAAGUGAUAUUUGCUGAAAAUAGUAUUCGACCAUAUUAUAUAAGUCUUCCCCUCAUACCUUCAGUAAUAAACCUCAUAGGUAGAUGCCAGUCAGUUUCAGAGCUAGGACAUUUAACCACAUGUUUAAAUAAAUUACAUAAUAUAGUAACAAGGGAAACUUUAAGUAGAUAUAAGGAAGAAGUUCAUUUGUUUCUGAGAGAGAAGAGACUAAAUACCAAAGAUUCCACAUUAUUAAAAAUUAUAAUGUUUUUGAACUAUCCUCAAUGGAGAAAUCAAAAUAUUGUUCUUAUAUCUCAAUGCAUUCUGACCUUAAAAGAAGAUAUUAACUCAUUCAGAGUUAAUGAAUUGCUGAUGAUAUAUGAAGUGUUUUUCAAAAAUCAAGAGCCUGGAGAAGCUCUCAACCACCUACAACGUGGCGUUGCACAGUUUUUAAGGAAAAUUGAUGAAGGAAGAAACAUAGGUAUAGAGCAACACUUGAUGCUGUUUUCUGCUUUUAUAUUUUUCUCAUCACCAAUCAACAAGAUGCAAUAUAGAAAAGAUAUUGAACAUAUAUUCAGUGAUUGUAAUGUAGAAAAUGUUAACUGCCACACUUUAGUUACCCUUAGAAAAAUCUUUUCUUAUAUAAAAAUAUCGGACAAAAAUAUCUGUGAAAAGUUCUGGGAUUUGACUUUAGAUAUUAUAAAAAGGGAGACCAAUGUGAACAAUAUAUGGAAGUUGUGCCAAAACUAUCUACAAUUUAAUAUAGAUCUGGCAGCUUUUCGCCAUUAUGAGUUUGAGAAGUGGAUGAACAAUUUCAUAAAAAACAAAAUGUUCAAUUGUCAAUUUCUAACUCCAUCAGAAAUUGCCAGCUAUUUGACUUUCAUGCUGGUUUAUGGCAAUAAUGAAAAGCUUAUGCAGGCAGUUCUAGAUCGAUUCGAGGCAAAUAUUGGCCAAUUUAAAGCAGCAGAUUGCCUUAAAGUUUCAUAUAGUUUAGUGGCAGUGAAAGUCAAUCAAAACAACAUUUCUUUGCAAAAAUAUGGAAAAAGAAUCAUGAAAAUGUUACAUGACAUUACAGAAAAUGUACUACAGUACAAUGAAAAUGAUUAUGAACUGAAUACUGCUUUAUUGAAGGCAGCAAUUUUGAGGAAUGACUUAGAUCAUCAAAUUAUAGAAAAUAUGCUGGUAAAAUUCAAGCAGAUGGAUUACAUGUCUUCCAAGAUUCUGGAGAAUAUUUGUUACAUCUAUUUGGCAACAGAUAGUUUGGUACCAGAAGCUGUCAAUAAAUGUACUGAAUAUAUUGUUAACAACCAUCAGAAUGUCAUUGGCUUCAAUGCAGAGAAGAUAUUGUAUCUCUGUUAUUACUUGGCUUACUACCCUAUCAAUGCUGAUAAGUUUCUUGGAGUUGUGAUUGACACAAUUAUUAGAGAUCAAGAACGGUUGAGUGGCUUAGUAUUUCUACAAAGCGCCCUCGCUUUAUGCUUCUUCAACAAACUACCAAGCUCAUUCAUCAAACAAAUAUUUACCGUGGAGUUCAUGGACAAACUAGAUGCAGAGUUGGCCAGUUGUUACUCAAGGGAAACUUAUCCUCAACGUGUUCGGAACUGUCUCAUGCAGUUGAAUAGAGCAGUUUGUUUGGAAUAUCCAGAAUAUAAUGUCCCUUGGUUUCAUAAAAAAUAUGUAGAUGAAAUCGAAAGGAAAUAUAUGAUACCUGAGUCGGAGAUACAGUUCCCACUGAGGAUAAAAGAUUACUUGACGGAGGUAGCAGGAAAUGCUGGAGGGGUAGAAGACAACGUCAUCACACCCUAUGGGUACCACAUUGACUUUGUAGUUAGCCUAGAUAGAAAUGACCAGGUUGUGAAUUCCCGGUCUGAAGAUGUGAAUAGGAGGAUUGCAAUUUUACUACUAAGGCCUUAUUGCUAUACUCGUUUCUACAGCCAUCCUAAAGGGAAGUAUCAGCACAAAAAGAGGCAUUUAGAAAUGCUUGGUUAUGAAGUUUCUAUGGUGAAGUUUACUGAAUGGAUCAAUCUUUUGUAUGCAGAAGAGCGACUUGAGUUUCUAUCUGACUUAAUAUGGCCAAAGAAGGUAGAAAAUUGUACGGGUAAUUCUAGGGCAACAAAAAGGUGACAUUUUGUCCUGUUAUUUAUUUUCAGUGUGAUGUUUUAGAUUUAUCUGCAAUAUCUGUUGUAUACUUUGUUGAUUUACUUGAAAUUAUAGAUUUGAUUUGAA